CUCUCUUUCCUCUCUUUCUCUUUCUGCAAUUCUUUCUGUAUAUCUUUUGUGUUUAAUGAUCCCAUAGUCUUGGACAGAUGGGAACUCCAGUGAAUAUUAUCGUUGGAUCACAUGUUUGGGCAGAAGAUCCUGAACUUGCAUGGAUCGACGGAGAGGUGACAGAUAUCAAAGGCAACAAUGCUACAAUAAUUACCACAAAUGGAAAAACAAUAAAAGCAGAAAUCUCAAAUAUAUAUCCAAAAGACACAGAGGCACCACCGGCUGGAGUUGAUGACAUGACUAAGUUAGCUUACCUUCAUGAGCCAGGAGUGCUCUAUAAUCUUGCCGCUCGGUUUUCUCUCAAUGAGAUAUAUACUUAUACGGGGAACAUCCUGAUAGCAGUAAACCCUUUCCAGAGAUUACCACAUUUGUAUGACAUUCACAUGAUGCAGCAGUAUAAAGGGGCCACUUUUGGAGAGUUAAGCCCACAUCUUUUUGCCAUUGCAGAUGACUGCUACAGGGCAAUGAUCAACGAGAAUGGAAGUCAGUCCAUUUUGGUUAGCGGGGAGAGUGGAGCAGGUAAAACCGAGACAACAAAAAUGUUGAUGAGAUAUCUUGCUUUCAUGGGAGGCAGAUCUGGCACUGAAGGAAGAACUGUUGAGCAACAAGUUCUCGAGUCCAAUCCAGUUCUGGAAGCCUUUGGAAAUGCCAAAACCGUGAAGAACAACAAUUCCAGUCGUUUUGGUAAAUUUGUAGAAAUUCAAUUCGAUAAGCAAGGAAAGAUAUCUGGGGCGGCAGUUCGAACUUACCUUCUUGAAAGAUCACGAGUUUGCCAAGUUUCUGACCCCGAAAGGAACUACCAUUGUUUUUACAUGCUCUGUGCAGCACCCCCUGAGGAUGCCAAAAAAUUCAAACUAGGAGACCCAAGAACAUUUCACUACUUGAAUCAAACUAAUUGCUAUGAAGUAGCAAAUAUAGAUGAUGGAAGAGAGUAUUUGGAAACACGAAACGCCAUGGAUGUUGUGGGAAUCAACCAGGACGAACAGGAUGCAAUAUUCCGUGUUGUAGCUGCAAUUCUUCAUCUUGGAAAUGUUGACUUCAUCAAAGGAAAGGAAUUUGAUUCUUCAAAAGUAAAAGAUGACAAGUCACUCUUUCAUCUCCGUACAGCAGCAGAGCUCCUCAUGUGUGACGAAAAAGCACUCGAACAAUCAUUAUGUGAGCGUGUUAUUGUGACUCCUGAUGGAAAUAUUACCAAACCAUUGGAUCCAGCAGCAGCUGCCUUGAGUCGUGAUGCCCUAGCAAAAACAGUUUAUUCUAGACUAUUUGACUGGAUUGUGGACAAGAUAAACAAUUCAAUUGGUCAGGAUCCUACUGCAAAAAGCAUAAUCGGAGUCCUUGAUAUUUACGGCUUUGAAAGCUUCAAGGUUAACAGUUUUGAGCAGCUAUGUAUUAACCUGACAAAUGAAAAGCUUCAACAGCAUUUUAAUCAGCAUGUGUUCAAGAUGGAGCAAGAAGAAUACACAAAGGAGGAAAUUAACUGGAGCUAUGUGGAAUUUGUAGACAAUCAAGAUGUUUUAGAUCUAAUUGAAAAGAAACCUGGGGGUAUCAUUGCUCUUCUUGACGAAGCAUGUAUGUUUCCCAAGUCAACACACGAGACAUUUGCUCAGAAGAUGUACCAGACAUAUACCUCACACAAACGGUUCAGCAAGCCAAAACUGUCUAGAACAAACUUCACAAUCAACCAUUAUGCAGGAGAUGUUACUUACCAAGCUGACCACUUCCUGGACAAGAACAAGGAUUACGUUGUAGCAGAAUUUCAAGCUCUGCUAAAUGACUCAAAGUGCUCUUUUGUAGCAAAUCUCUUCCCACCAUUGGAGGAUUCAUCUAAGCAAUCAAAAUUCUCUUCCAUUGGAACUCGCUUUAAGCAACAAUUACAAUCUCUAAUGGAAACCCUGAGCACAACAGAGCCACAUUACAUUAGAUGCGUAAAACCUAAUACGGUUUUGAAGCCAGGAAUAUUUGAAAAUGACAACGUUUUGAAUCAAUUAAGAUGUGGGGGUGUGCUGGAGGCAAUUAGGAUAAGCUGCGCAGGUUAUCCUACAAAAAGAUCUUUUGAUGAAUUCUUGGAACGGUUCGGAAUGUUGGCUCCAGAUGUUUUAAACGGGUCUGAUGAGAAGUUAGCAUGUGUAGCAAUUUGUGAUAGAUUUGGACUGAAGGGGUAUCAGAUUGGAAAAAGCAAAGUUUUCCUUAGGGCUGGACAAAUGGCUGAAUUAGAUGCACGGAGAGCUGAGGUGCUGGCAACAGCAGCGAGAAGAAUUCAAAGGCAAAUUCGAACAUAUAUCACACGUAAAGAAUAUAUUAUCCUUAGAAGGGCCACAAUCAAUAUGCAAAAGCACUGGAGAGCAAGACUUGCCCGUAAGCUAUAUGAUUACCUAAGGAAGGAAGCCGCAUCUAUUCGCAUACAAAAGCAUACUCGUGGAGGUGCAGCAAGAACAUCAUACAAGCUAAUACAAAAAGCUGCAAUAUCCAUUCAAACUGGGCUUAGAGCAAUGGCAGCACGAAAUGAGUACCGACGCAGAAGAAGGAACAAGGCUGCAAUUAUAGUUCAGACUGAAUGGCGGAGAUUCCAUGCUCGUUCUGGUUAUGAGAAUAAAAAGAAAGCAACUCUAACGCUUCAAUGUCUGUGGAGAUCAAAGGUGGCAAGGAAAGAACUAAGGAUGCUGAAGAUGGCUGCACGAGAUGCAGGGGCCCUUAGAGAAGCUAAGGACAAGCUCGAAAAGCGUGUUGAAGAGCUGACAUGGAGAUUAGACUUUGAAAAGCAUUUGAGGGUUGAUCUUGAAGAAUCAAAAGGACAAGAAAUUGCGAAGUUGCAGAACGUUUUGCAAGAAAUGCAAGGAAAACUGGAAGAAGCACACAACCAAAUCCUGCAUGAAAAGGAAGCGGCAAAAAUAGCUAUUGAACAAGCCCCUCCAGUCAUCAAAGAAGUAGCAAUCAUAGACAAUACCAAAGUGGAGGAACUGGAAAAUUAUAAUCAUAAACUGGAGGAUGGGAUAGCAGAGCUGAAGAAAAGAGUUGAAGAAUUUGAAUUGAAGUUCAAUGAGGUUGAAAAUCAGAGUAAAGAUAGGCUUAAAGAGUUGGAGGAAUCACAAUCUAAAAUCUCUGGACUUCAGGAGACCAUUGAGAGGUUAGACGCGAACUUGUCCAACCUCGAAUCAGAAAAUCAGGUUUUGCGUCAGGAAGCAUUAGUUGCUUCCACUAACGAGGAGCUCAAUGAAGAAGCUGAACAGCUCAGAACCAAGAUCAAAGAAUUAGAGUUGGAGAAUGAGCUUCUCCGUAGCCAAAAAAUGGUCGUAGAGCAGAUAACCACCCCAGAAAAGAUAUUCCCUCAGCUACAGAGUCUGGAUAAUGGUCAUGAAAUCAACAACUUUGAAACGCCAAAUGCAGAGCAAGAAAAGACAAAGGAGUUGGACAGCAAUGUGUCCUCUCUGACAAAACAAAAAUCAUUAACAGACAGGCAGCAGGAAAAUCAUGAUGUUUUGAUCAAGUGUCUGAUGGAAGAUAAGCGUUUUGACAAGACCAGGCCUGUUUCUGCAUGUAUUGUGUACAAAACAUUAGUUCAAUGGAGGUCUUUUGAGGCAGAGAAGACACAUAUAUUUGAUAGAAUUAUUCAUUCAAUUCGAGCUUCUAUAGAGACUGAGGAUAACAUUAAAGAUUUAGCAUAUUGGCUAUCAACGACUUCAACUCUUCUGUUCCUCCUACAAAGUACAAUCAAAGCAAGUGGUUCACCCUAUAAAUCUCCACAUCGUAAUCGUGCCUCACCCACCACAUUGUUUGGUCGAAUGACACAAGGUAUCCGUACAUCUCCUAUGGGCAUGGGUAUCUCCAGUGGAUAUAGUGGAAUGGAAGGCAAGCCAAGUGCACAAUCCAAAAUAGAGGCCAAGUAUCCUGCACUUCUGUUCAAGCAACAUCUAACAGCUUGUGUGGAAAAACUGUAUGGAAUGAUCCGUGACAGCUUGAAGAAAGAGAUAAGCCCAUUUUUGAAUUCAUGCAUACAGGCACCAAGAUCUACACGGGCCAGACCAACAAGAGGGGUGUCAAGAAAUAUUCUUUCAAAUAUUGUGGCAAAACAACAGGCAUCAAUGAUACACUGGCAAAGCAUCGUUAACAGCUUGGAUAACACGUUGGGAAUUCUAUCUGAAAAUUAUGUCCCUUCCAUUAUUACAAGGAAGAUUUUCAGUCAGGUAUUCUCAUUCAUAGAUGUCCAAUUCUUCAAUAGCUUACUGCUUCGGCGGGAAUGCUGCUCAUUUAGCAAUGGAGAAUAUGUAAAGUCUGGUUUGUAUGAACUUGAACAAUGGUGCAAGAAGGCAACCGAUCAGUCUACCGGAUCGUCAUGGGAUGAAUUACAACACAUAAGGCAAGCCGUUGCAUUACUGGUAUCACACCAAAAGACUCAAAAGUCCAUGGAAGAAAUCACGAAUGAACUCUGCCCGGCACUGAGUGUUCCACAAAUAUAUCGUAUUGGAACGAUGUUUUGGGAUGACAAAUACGGAACCCAAGGAUUAUCACAAGAGGUAAUUAGCAAAAUGAGAUCACUAAUGGCAGAAGAUUCAAUCAGCAUGCCAAACAAUUCAUUCUUGCUCGAUGUCGAUUCCAGCAUACCGUUCUCUUUGGAAGAAAUAUCUCAGUCGUUCCUUGACAUCGACUUAACAGAAAUCGAUCCACCGCCCAUUCUCCGUCAGAGAUCAGACUUUCAUUUCCUGCUGCAGCAAAUUGAUUGAAACAUUUCAUUUAUAAAAGGCAGAAUUUCGGUGUAGUUAAGUGCUUGCCAAUCCCAUUUUGUAUCCGAGGGAUGACAUGAGUGAUAAAGAUGUGAUUUUUUUUUUCUGUUUCUUCUUCCAUUUAAUAUUCAGGUGAUGAGUUGGUAUGUUUAUUUUUGAUUUUUUCAUUUGUGACAGAGUGAUCUUGGAAGUGUGGAUUUUGGAAGUGAUGAUGGUUGUAAAAGAAAACAGAAAAUAGUAUUUAUUUAUUUUUUCCGAAGAUAUAUCU